AUGGAAUACGCAAAGAGUUUGCGCUGUGCACUACGACCCCAGACGUUGUUCGCCUCGGCGAGUCCCGUACUGAUUGUCGUGAGUCUCCUGCACCAGUCCCAUAGCGUAUCUUUCCUCCAGCUGGACGCGCUUGCCCUUCUUGCCUGCGCUUUACUAUCGCAGUCGAUAGGGAACCUCAGCGUCGUGUAUCCAAAUUUCCAACGCGCUUUGCAGCCAAGAAAAGAAGAAGUCCCGGACACCAAGAUCGUCUUGAAUUUGUUGACGUUGACUCAAAUUCGGUGUUGGUCAUAUUUAUUUUACGGCCUUCAGUUAACUUUUCUCGGGGUGACGCAUGUCACAUGUGACAAAAGUGUUAAAGUUACGGCUGGAAUGGCGCUACUUGUCACGUUAUGCCUACUUUAUUGUCAACGUGGUGAUAAACCAUUACCAAUGGUCGGGCUCCGUGAAGUUUUGCUGGCGUGGGCUAUCGGACCUGUUGCUAUGGGUAGCACGGCAAUUUACCUGGUCAAUGAGGUACCGUGGGCUGUCGUGCUCUACACGUACAUUGUGAUGCUGUUUGCUUGGGCGUUUUUGCUGCUUGAGAGUGCACGAAACGCACCGUUUGUUCGACGCAUUGGGCAUUCGGAAGCGUCGUUGGCGUUGAGACUGGGAUUCCAGCUGACCUUUCAAGUCUUUUUGCUGUCCAUCGCGUUGUUUUACGGUUGCCUGCUGGUCACGGGCAUUGCAAUGGGUCACCUAGGGAAUGUUCUAUUGUUGGUGUCAAUUGCGAAGCUCAAAAACAUCAGCGAAGACUUCAGACUGGAGAGACUCAACUAUUUGCCCGAUCAGUUUGCGAAACUUGCAGCAUUUCUGGGCUUCGGACUCAUCGUUUCAAUUCUCUCAUCAUUUACAUAG